GAAUAGAGAGAUAAUCUGGUAAGAGCGAUAAAGGCUGUUGUUGCGUCGUUCAAGCAGUUUCGACGCGAGAGCUCCUCAGUGCGCUUCUAGUGUCAUGCAGUGCUACGUGUUAUAAUUGACUUUGAAAAUUACUAUCGCCAUACAAUGGUGCUGUGUCCGCCGUUUAGAUUGAGCUCACGAGCAAGAUACAAGUUUACCGUACCCGCUACCAACGGUGUCGAUGACCGCCGUGAAACUAUCUACAUACUACCUGACUAUAGCUCACCUCCUGUACCGGUAGAUAAAGAUAAAGAAAAUGAAGAUGAAGGAAAACUUAGUACUGAAAGUACAAGUAAUGGAGUGCGCCUUAGUCGAGAAUCCGAUACUGAUAAUUCCAGUGACGACCCUAAGUUUAGUGUUGGGCGCAAAACUAUUUCGGAGAUAGUGCGGGCGAACCCAGCAAAGCGCCGUGGUCGACGUAAGAGCGGUGUGAUCGCCCCGCACGUGCCAGCUGAUGCCACACGACUUACUGACGUACAGUUGCAGUAUGAGAAGUUUAAAAAAGAUGAAAAGUCCGCGGAACAAAUAAGAAAGGCAGUUAUGGCCAAUGAUUUCUUAAGAAACUUAAUGGAUGAUGACCGCCUUGCAGCAGUCGUGGAAGCGAUGAAUCCUCAAGAGUUCCCUGCAGGAAGUCUCAUUAUCAGAGAGGGGGAAAGUGGGAGUCACCUGUUUGUUUCAGCAAGUGGACAAUUUGAAGCUCUCAAAGGAGGACAAGUUGUAAAAACAUUCGGACAAGGAGAGGCAUUUGGUGAACUCGCAAUUCUUUACAAAGCUAAACGAUUCGCAUCAAUUCGAUGUAUAACAGAAGCAAAAGUCUGGGUGUUAGAGCGACGUGUUUUCCAAAAGAUAAUGGUCCGCAGUGGUCGACAAGAGCAAGAGGACAAUAUACGUUUUCUAUCAUCAGUGCCUCUACUUCAGGGUAUUCAUCCUCUCGUGCUUGGGAAAAUGUCCGAAUUCCUCAAGAGGGAGUUCUUUGCAGCUGGUACACCAGUAGUGCGGCAAGGUGAGCGUGGUGACAAAUUUUACAUAAUCCGCGGUGGCACGGUGGCAGUGACAAAGCGAGACGGUGAUAGUGGUGACCAGUUAGUGGGGACACUCGGCCGCGGGCAGUACUUCGGCGAGCAGGCCCUGAUACACGAGGCUCUGAGGCUGGCCACCGUCACCGCACAACCGCCAGGAGUAGAAUGUCUUACGCUGGAUCGAGGACCUUUCACGGAAUUUCUUGACAAUAUAAAAGAACUGAAACACGUUUCAUAUGCAACGCCGCGAUCAUCCACACAAAAGAAAGUGUCAGUGGUCAUAAGUGAAUUUGGAUACGUGGAGUUGAAAGACUUGGAAAUUGUGGGUACUUUGGGUGUGGGAGGUUUCGGACGUGUCGAACUUGUGCAGUACAAACCAAAUCAGAAGCUCACAUUCGCACUGAAAUGUCUCAAGAAAGUCGACAUGGUGCAGCAGCAGCAACAGGAACAUGCUUACAAUGAGAAGAAUAUCAUGAUGUCCUGCAAUAAUUCUUUUAUUUGCAGAUUGUAUCGUACUUUUAAGGAUCCAAAAUAUAUAUAUUUCCUUAUGGAGCCAGUGCUGGGCGGUGACGUGUGGACCAUUCUUCAGAAACAACGUUACUUCCCUGAGAAUGUGUCUCGUUUCAUGAUGGCAUGUGUAGUCGAAGCUUUCCAAUAUCUUCACUCUAAAGAUAUCAUCUACAGGGAUCUCAAACCGGAAAAUUUGAUGCUCGACAAACAAGGAUACAUUAAACUGGUUGACUUCGGCUUUGCUAAACGAAUUUCUCCAAACAGCAAAACAUGGACAUUCGCUGGUACACCAGAAUAUGUAGCUCCUGAAAUUGUGUUAAAUAAGGGUCAUGACCGGGCCGUGGAUUGCUGGGCGUUAGGGGUGCUGGUUCACGAGCUGCUAGUCGGUAAACCUCCAUUCCGAGCCCCAGGGGGUGAUCACAUGAAGACUUACACGCUUAUCUUGCGCGGCAUCGAAGCAGUAUCAUUCCAUCAACGAGUUCCGAAGUCUGCACAACUGCUUAUUCGCAAACUGUGUCGCGCCGUGCCCGUUGAACGGCUCGGGUACCUCAAAAACGGAAUAGCUGACAUUAAAAGUCACAAGUGGUUCUUAGGCUUCGAUUGGGAUGGACUCGUGGAACGUCGUCUUAAAGCUCCUCUCGUGCCACACGUAGCCAACGAUUUAGACCGCAGAAACUUUGAGGAGUACCCUAAGGACAAGAUGCCACCAGACGAAACAUCUGGGUGGGAUUUGGAUUUCUGAACACAUAAUACAUCUUGCAUGUUACCGCAGUGCCUUAACUUUGUACUUAGUUGCAAUAUUUUUUAUAGAGUAUAAUUAUAUAACAGUAUUUUGUACAAUAAUCAUAUAAGUAAGUAUUUAUAGUGUUGUAGCUCUACACGAGCUACAACACUAUAAAUACUUACUUGAAAAUACAAUAUAUUAUAUUAAAUGGAUACAAUACCUAUGGAUUCCGCCUGCUGAAGAAACUUCCUUGCCGUAGAAAACACUGAUAGCAGGCCGGUCCUAUGGUUGUCAGAUGUAGAUGACAUUGUAAUAUUGGACAACGUACAUGUUUCUGAACAAUUGGUAGAAAACAAUCGCUUUACCAAAUAAAAUGGCUUGCCUAGUAUUGUAAUGUAAUGAAAUGAAAAAAAAUAUCCAUUAUUUAAUAAAAUAAUAUUAAAGGAAAACAUAAUUAAUGAAUUAUAUCCAUGGACAGACAAAGUGAUGAACAUAUUUAUUAUUUAGAUCUAAUAAUGACAUAAGAAUUAUUGGCAAAUUUUGUAAUCAUGAGUCUAGUAAUAUUAAAGGACAUCUAUAUA